AUGAGCCAUACGCCUGCUGACCCCGCACCCACACAUUGGGCAAUAUUGAUCGGCGUCGGAAUGUCAAUUGAUAGCCGAGCUGAACUGGGUGAUGAGAAACAGGCCUGGAGGCGGGACCAAUCACUCGAGGGGGCCGUUGCUGAUAUCCACAUGAUGGAACGGUAUCUCAAGGACGACCCUCGUGUAAAGAUUAGCAAACUCACAGCAACAAAGCCAACACAUGGGACGGAGAAAAACACCCCUCUGGAACCUCCGGAAGAUCAACCUACAAGAAAAAAUGUGGAAUCCCUUCUGAAAACAAUUAUCAAAGAAGGACUGAGUCGAAAUAUCCAUCAUGUUUACAUUCACUUUUCUGGACACGGUACAGACUCGUCCGACGGUACCUUCGCUCUAUCUCUAUUUGAUCCGGGACCGCUGGGCAGAGUUAGAUUCUUGACUGAUCAUUUGGCAACUGCGCUGCAAAGGAUUACAAGGCAAGGUAUACGUGUUACAGUUGUCCUUGAUUGUUGUUUUUCCGGCUCAAUGAAGCGUUCCUCUGACGUUUCUGCUUCUCAUGUUCGAUUUAUUGAGCAUGACCCCUCAGAAGACCUCAUGGAAACAGAAAAUCCGUUUCUUGAAGCAGAUACAGAAGGCUCGCGCCAGGCCUAUCUAAACCUGCCACAUCUCCUUGACCCGAAAGGAUAUGUUGUGAUCACGGCCUGUGGGCCGAGAGAAAACGCACGGGAAGUCAAGCUGGAGAACGGGAAAAGACAUGGAGCACUCAGUUACUUCCUUCACGACUCACUGAUGUUGCUCAGAAGAUCAGAGGAUCAGGUCUCCUUCGAGACCUUGUACAACCGACUUCAAGCAAAAUUUCAUGUCAACCUUCCCCAACAAACACCGAGGCAUUAUGGAAACAUGAGAGAGUCUUUCUUUCAAAAUCUAUCUUGCCAAUCCAGUCGCUACUUGGUAACAACGGUAAAGGUUCCAGAUCAAGAGGAGUUCAUCCUCAAAGCAGGGGAGGCCCAUGGAGUCCAUAAGGGGGAUCAGUACGAAGCAUAUCCAUACUACGCCUCAGAAGUCAACUCAAAGGCGUUGCGCAAAGAAUCAGUACUCUUGGUAGUAAAGGAGGUUGAGAACCUCCAAUCCAAAGUUAUGCCAGUGGAUCAUGAUCAGUUGGAACGCUUCAAAGAAGUGAUGACUUGGAAAGCCCAACUAAUCACAUCUAAAUCGGAUCGGAAAACUCUGAUCUAUGCUUCGAAAUCUUUGGGAGUUGCAGAGAAGGAUCGUCUGCGGAAAUAUCUUUCAAACCAUCCUUACGUAAAGCUCUUAGAAGAGGACGGGGAUCUUGGAGUGUCAACAUUCAACAUCAGCAUAAAUAACGACGAAAGUUACGAGAUUCGGGAAGGGGAUUCACGCCGCGCUCCAAACACGCCCCUUUUCCCCAGGAAUGAGGAGGACUCUCUCAACCUACUCUCGGAUGCCUUGGGCCAUCUGGCAACAUACAAAUUCUUUGAGGGUAUAGAGAACAGUCACCCCGAUAAAGGCUUUGGGAAGUCUCUAGAUAUCGAAACCCACUCCACGCCUGGACCGGAUCAAUGUGUUCGCUGCCUCAUCACACAAUUUGUACCGUCCAUCCUCGGCCUCUUCAAUGAGAAACGGGCCAUCCGUCUGUUGAGUUUGAGGGUCGAUAACAAGUACUUCGUCUCCUGGGAAGAAUUUGUGAUUUCUAUUACCAUCAACGUGGAGGACUACCGCAAAGGAUACCCCCGAUUCUCUGCGUUAAUGGCAGCUCACGAGACAUUCCAUAUCUUGAGAAGAUUCUCGAAUGCUCGAAUGCGUCUCUUACUGCACGCCCAGGAUCGAGUAGUCCAGCUAGAAGAGCGGCUAGACAAAAUCGACAAUGACGAGACCUCGCCUCUAUUCCUUUCAAGCAGGCGCCGUGACAAGAACUAUGAGCGAGAAAAGACCAUGAAAGAACUCCACGAUGCUUUAGAGUCACUUGACCAACAGAUUGAGAGGCAUGUCCGCAUUUCCGCCUUCAAAGAUGCUCAUCCCCAAGAUGUUAACAGCCUUCGAAAUUGGAGUAAAGCGAAUCCAUGCAUAACUAGACAAGAGCUUGCUUUUCUAGGUCAUGAGGAGGAUCUGCUUUGUCUUUCUGCCCCGAACGAUGACCUCCUUUCUUUCCUGCAACGAUACGUGACCGAAAGGCUGCUGGGAUUGAGUGGUUACGGGCGUUCUGCUGUUUCCCGGGACCGACGUGUUCACUUUUACUCACAGAACUGGACGACUGCGAUUACGCGCACUCUUGUUACGCCUUUGAUCAUCACAAUGGUCAUGGUUCCAAUCACAAUAUGUAACCAGAUAGAAAGCGAAAAAGUCAGACUUGGCAUCACGAUUAUAUCCACAAGCUUGUUUCUUCUACUUUUAAGCUUAUUUACAAGAGGAAAGAUGCUUGAGCUGACAGUUGCAGCAGCCACGUAUACUACAGUUCUAGUAGCUUUCAUCUCUGGCCCUACUUAA